AUGCUUUCACAAAUCAUUGAGGCAGAUAAGCAGAUGUUCAUUCUUGCAAGCAACAACCUCAUGGGACGUCUAACGGCCUCGCCAGGGGCGGCUCCUGCUUUGGACGCGGAGAUCAGUAGACUGUCUAGGAGCCCUGACAUCAUGCAGUAUUUGGCACCCUUGCAGAACCCUGUAAUCCCACAUGUACCUUGGACCCCUCCCAAGGGAGAUGGCAAAGGCAAGAAGGGAAAGGACAAGGGGAACAAGGGAAAGGUCGCGACAGGUUCAAAGUUAGAUUUGCCGGAGGGCUGUGUGACCAAAGAUGAUGCGAACAAGUCCCUUCCAUUGAGUGCGUCCAUCAGUGGAGGGAGCGACGGGGGCGCAUUGCAAACUGGGGACCUGCUGGUCCCUGAUGCUGAGGGGUGGUCCAAGGCCCGUUUGAAUAAACCAGGCCAAAUCACGAGUGAUGAUCUCUUGACCUUGUUUGAUAUGCUCCCUCAGGGAAAUCUUCAGAAGGGUCAGAGAGAAGUGAAACAGUCCUUCGUAACCGGCUGUUACUCCCAAGGUGGAUUCCGUGGGUUGCGUAAGGAGUGUGCAGAGUUUCCAUACGCAAGUCGUGUCAUGACCCGCUUUGUGCAGGAGCGUCUUCCAGGUCAUGUUUUCUCCACAUGUGGCAUUUUUGCAGACAGUCUCACGCCUUUGCAUCGUGACGGCCGCAAUGCGCAGUGGCCGAAUGCAGUUUUUCGCUUGAGUGAUUUUAAGGAGGGGGGCUUAUGGAUAGAGGGCCCUGGGGACGAUGUUCGAGUCUUCAAUUCUAAAGAGCUGGUUGGAGCGGUUCACGAAAUUGGGGACGAUCCGCUUAUCUUUGACGCUUGGUCUAAAUACCACGAAACUGAACCUUGGACAGGUCGAAGAGUUGUUCUGAUCACUUGGGUUGUGCAGCAACUUGAAAAAUUAGAACCGAAGGAUGUAGAGGCAGCGCACCAAUUGAACUUCGUGCUACCUCCUGAGGUGCCGUUGCCUGUGCAAACGGCGCAGCUGGGAGAACGGCCACCCAUGGUGUUUGAGGUUUUCGCAGGCAAAGGCCUCUUGUCCCGGGCCCUGAUGCAAUGCGGAUUCGCUGUCCACAGUUUCGACCAACAUCAUUGCGAUUCUCAUGUGCCCAUCUCGCAGCUGGAUUUAGCAACAGACUCAGGGCAAGCUUUGUUCUGGGACUUUCUUGAGACACAGCGCCCGUUUGCAAUACAUUUGGGCGCCCCAUGUGGGACCAGCAGCAAGGCCAGAGGCAGACCGUUGUACAAUGGACAGCCGGGACCCCAACCUCUUAGGAGUAGUGAGUUCCCGCUAGGCCUGCCCUCCUUAAAGCCGGGGUCAGUUGAGGCCACUCGUGUAAAGUUGGCAAACCGUUUGUAUGCCUUCACAUAUCGCAUUUUGCGAUAUUGCCUGGAGCACGACAUAGUGGUCAGUCUUGAGAAUCCCGCAAAUAGUUUCCUAUGGGAGGUGUUGCAAGCCUUUGAGCCACAAGGGGUUGCUAACCGUAUCCUUCCCAGACUGCAGUCCAUCAUCUUUGACUUGUGUUGCCAUGGGGGCUUUCGCCCCAAACGCACAAAGUUGCUUGCAACGCCUGGCUGCUUCGAGCCGUUGCGUGCCCUUUGCGAUGGAAAGCACAUGCACAAACCUUGGGGACAAGUUGUUGAGUUUGGCUCCGUUCGGUAUGCCACCAAGGAUGAGGCGGCCUACCCAGCAUUGUUUGCCUCUCGCUUCGCUUCGUGUGUGGAGCGCAGGGCUUUGUCGCUAGGCCUCAACCUGUGUCGUCGCCCAUCCCCUAAGGACCUCUCGCUGGCCAUGUUGGGCCGACAAAACAAGCGUCAUCCGCCGCUGGUUUCCGAAUACCAGUCUGUGAUUACUAUGCCAGCCGUAGCAUUCAAAUCGCCAAAACACUUGAAGCUCUUGCGCAGCAUCGGGGGUGAGGAGCUUCGAGCUUCCACUGAGCCAAACCCUAACACCCCUUUGGGACGGACCAUCCCAGAGGCCUCGAAGCCUACCAGUAACACCUCUUCGAGAGGGACCAUCUCGGAGGCCAAUACCCCUAGUAGUUCACGGGAUCCAGCUGAGAGGGUUGGUGACCGGGUUAGGGUUGGGGUAUACAGGACUCCUGAACAGUUUGUAGAGGAGGCUAAGAAGGUCAUUCAUCCAGUAGAUUCUUCAAACCCGCUUGAGAAAGCCACGUUGUUUGCCUUGAAAGAAAACUUGACUAAAGACCCGAGGCUCAUAGUCUUGAAGCGAAACUUGGCGGUGGCGCGAGUGAAGCAGGAGGUGAAGAGAUGCAGUGAUGCUGAGGCGGAGCUUCGCAAGGCCAUGCACCCGGCAGUGGCUAAGGUUAUGAGCGGCAAAUCCAUUUUGGCGUUGGAAUCUUUACUCAAGUCCGAGGGCUAUGACGAUCUUGAAGUCAUCGGUUUCUUAAAAGAAGGGGUAAGGUUGGUCGGAACUUCCCAAUGCCCAGAAUGCUUUGAUCGUAAGUUUGUCCCCGCUUUCUUGACAGAGACGGAGCUCAUGGCCUCAGCGGCCACCAGACGAAAGUCCUUGUUGAGUAAGUUCGAAAAGGUAGACCCGGAGGAGGCACGGAUCUUGAAGGAGGCCACGGAUGAGGAAGUGGCCAUGGGCUUUUUGGAGGGCCCCUACUAUGAUCAGAGCCAGAUUACGAAAUUGCUGGGAACCAACGAUUGGACAGAUGCAUCGGAGUGGAAGGGCAAAACACUUGACCUCAGCAAAGCUUACAAGCAACUUGCUAUCCAUCCGAGUCACCGACCUCUUUCAGUAAUUGCAGUUAGGCAAUCGGACGGAAAGGAUGCCUUAUACAUUUCGAACUCGCUCAUGUUUGGUAGCACUGCAGCGGUUUAUGCCUUUAAUAGGGUUUCCAGGGCCCUGUGGUUUCUCUUGAACAAACUUCUAUGUAUACCAGCUGCCGUCUUCUUCGAUGACUAUCCUUUGAUGUCGCCGGCAGGUAGCGCAGAAAACGCAGACUCCACGGCGAGUGCGUUCUUGGAUGCCCUAGGAUGGCGUCACGCCAAGACGGGCGCAAAAGGACGCCCCUUUGCGUCAGACUUCGACGUCCUUGGUAUGCAUUUGGGUUUAGGUGAUCUUGCUAAGGGUACUGUAGUCUUAGCAAACAAACAGGGCAGGAUAGAGAGGAUUGUUGACCGUCUUCAGGAAAUCAGCUUGAAAGGAGAAAUCCGACGACACGAGGCUCAGGUCAUCCAAGGCCUGUUGCAGUACGCCUCGGGCUUUUACGCAGGCCGAUCGCUGAAGCAUGCGUCGCACAUUCUUGCGAGGAUUGUUGGGGGUCUGCACUUUAGUCCUAGGGACCUUAGUGACUUCUGUAGACACACCGUUUCUUUGCUGAAGCACGAGAACCCUAGAGUCUUGAGCUGUGCGAUGAUAACUGACAUCAUCCAUCUUUGGACCGACGGAUCGUGGGAAGCUGAUGUUGGAGGCAUUGGUCUAGCCGCCCACGAUUGCUUCAGUGGAACAGGCUGGGUCUUCACAGGAAAGGUCCCGUUGCAGUUGCUUGAAUCUUGGAAAGCAGAGGUAGGAGAGCAACUCAUCUGCGAGAUCGAGAUGUUUGCUGUGCUAGCUUCCCUGCUGCAACUGAAUGCUCUUGUGUCGUCUCGCCGCAUAGUGUGGUGGGUUGACAACGAUGCAACCAGAGGUGUCAUGAUCAAGGGCGCCAGCCGCAGUUGGGCCAUGCACACUUUAGCCCGAGUGUUCUCUGAGCUCGACAGAGAAUGGCCAUCCAUGUGGUGGGUUUGCAGAGUCCCAUCCUACUCCAAUCCGGGGGAUGCGCCGUCGAGAUACCAAGGAGAGGAGUCUUUGGUGACGGUCGGAGCAUCUUGUGUGCAACCCUUCUCGAGACUUGAAGAGCUUGUUGGAAGGAUCCAGGCCUUCAACCGAGCGUGA